AUAAUGUUGAUCAUGUUCAUACUACUACUACUAGUAAUACUACUAAUGAUGAUAAUAAUAUCAGUAAUAAAACUGAGGAAUUGUCCAUUCUGUCUGAGGACUCAGAACUUCUCAAUGUUACUUGUUAUCAUCACUCUCCCCAAUGUGGUGGUGUUGGUGGUGAUGAUCAUGAUGUUGUUGUAUUGGAUUCAAUGACAAGUUCAUUAUGCAAUAAUACAAUUGAUACUACAACCAGUAUUACUACUUCCCCUACUACUUCAACUACAACUACUCAUACUACUCAUGAUAUUAAAGUAGUAGUCAAUGAUGAUGAUGACGACGAUGAUGCUGAAAAAUCAUUAAUAACAAAUAAAUACAAUUUAAUUUAUGCUACACUUUUACAAUUAGAGCAUAAAUUAAAUUGCAUUUCAAUGAAACUUGAAAAUAUGGAAUUAAACGACGACAAUGACGACGACCGCCGUGGCCGCCGCCAACAACAACAACAGUAUGUCAAUGAAUUGAAUCAUAUUUUUCAAUUAUUACUAUUAAUUAAAAAAGAUACAGCAGAAAUUGAUGAUUACAUUGUAUCUAAUUGGCAUGUAAAUAAUAAUAAUAAUAAUCAGUCAUUGUCAAAGAUGAAUGACGAGGAGGAUGAUGUAACGAAUAAUAAUAGUGUUACAACGAAUUUGAAUGUUGAUGCUACUGAUCCUGAUGAGUAUGUGGUUGUAUCAAAGUCAAUUGGAAACAAUCAAUCUAUACUGGAAAUAAAUUCAGGUAAUUGGAUUUGUAUUUUAUUUUUGAAAAAUAUAUGGCUCACUCAGGAGGAUAAUUUUGUCGAGUUAUGCUCUGGAUGUUAUAAUUGUAGAAGGCUUGUCUUUUUAGAGUAG